ACUUCCGGGGUCGAGGCGAGGCCAACAAUACGCCUGCUGCCGCAGGAGGAGCUACGAGCUGGGCCGCGGGCUGUCUGAAUGCGUAAACCAGGUUUUGCGCCUGCUCAUAUAAAGCUCUCCUAACCCGUCUUCCGGUGGGAAUUUCUUCACGUGGUCCAGAGUCGGAGACUGAGUUUAGCUUUACUGAGGAGCACUAAAUUUAGGCGGGUAUGAGUGAUUUCAGUGAAGAAUUAAAAGGGCCUGUGACAGAUGAUGAAGAAGUGGAAACAUCUGUGCUCAGUGGUGCAGGAAUGCAUUUUCCUUGGCUUCAAACAUACGUAGAAACUGUGGCCAUUGGAGGGAAAAGGAAGAAGGAUUUUGCUCAGACAACAAGUGCUUGUUUAAGUUUUAUCCAAGAAGCUCUGCUGAAGCACCAAUGGCAGCAAGCUGCAGAAUACAUGUACAGUUAUUUUCAGACCUUGGAAGAUUCAGAUAGCUACAAAAGGCAGGCUGCACCUGAGAUUAUUUGGAAGCUCGGAAGUGAAAUUCUAUUUUAUCAUCCCAAAAGCAACAUGGAGACUUUCAAUACUUUUGCUGACCGGAUGAAAAAUAUUGGCGUCAUGAAUUAUUUAAAGAUCUCCUUACAACAUGCAUUAUACCUUCUGCAUCAUGGAAUGCUUAAAGAUGCUAAGAGAAAUCUGAGUGAGGCAGAGACAUGGAGACAUGGUGAAAAUACGUCUUCCCGGGAAAUAUUAAUCAACCUUAUUCAGGCCUAUAAAGGGCUCUUACAAUAUUAUACCUGGUCUAAAAAGAAGAUGGAAUUGUCAAAGCUUGAUAAGGAUGAUUAUGCUUACAAUGCAGUAGCCCAGGAUGUGUUCAACCACAGCUGGAAGACAUCUGCAAAUAUUUCUGCAUUGAUUAAAAUUCCUGGAGUUUGGGACCCUUUUGUGAAGAGUUAUGUAGAAAUGCUGGAAUUCUAUGGGGAUCGAGAUGGAGCCCAAGAGGUACUCACCAAUUAUGCAUAUGAUGAAAAGUUUCCAUCAAAUCCAAAUGCCCAUAUCUACUUAUACAACUUCCUAAAGAGACAGAAGGCACCAAGAUCAAAAUUGAUAAGUGUGCUUAAGAUUUUGUAUCAGAUUGUGCCAUCUCAUAAAUUGAUGUUGGAAUUCCAUACAUUACUUAGAAAAUCAGAAAAAGAAGAACACCGUAAACUGGGGUUGGAGGUAUUAUUUGGAGUCUUAGAUUUUGCCGGAUGCACUAAGAAUAUAACUGCUUGGAAAUACUUGGCAAAAUAUCUGAAAAAUAUCUUAAUGGGAAACCACCUUGCAUGGGUUCAGGAAGAGUGGAACUCCAGGAAAAACUGGUGGCCAGGCUUUCAUUUCAGCUACUUUUGGGCAAAAAGUGAUUGGAAGGAAGAUACAGCUUUGGCCUGUGAGAAAGCUUUUGUGGCUGGUUUACUGUUAGGAAAAGGUUGUAGAUAUUUCCGGUAUAUUUUAAAGCAAGAUCACCAAAUCUUAGGGAAGAAAAUUAAGCGGAUGAAGAGAUCUGUGAAAAAAUACAGUAUUGUAAAUCCAAGACUCUGAUACUGAGUUUUAGUUAUUUCACAGUAGUAGCUACACAGUAAACCACCAUGAAGAAAUAUAUUGGUGAUGAGUUCUGUUGAGGAAUUUUGAAAAGAGAGAAGGAUUUAGAAAAAGACUCUUUCUCGGCUGGGCGCGGUGCCUCACGCCUCUAAUCCCAGCACUUGGGAGGCCGAGGUGGGUGGAUCAUGAGGUCAGGAGUUCGAGACCAGCCUGGCCAACACAGUGAAACGCUGUCUCUACUAAAAAUACAAAAAUUAGCUGAGCGCAGUGGUGGGCAUUUGUAAUCCCAGCUACUUGGGAGGCUGAGGCAGGAGAAUUGAUUGAACCCGGGAGGCAGAGGUUGCAGUGAGCCGAGAUUGCACCACCGCACUCCUGCCUGGGCGACAGAACUAGACUCUGUCUCAAAAUAAAUUAAAAAAAAGACUCUUUCAGGAUAAAGACCUGACAGUUUGGGGCAACAUAACCUCCUGCUAGAGAGAGACCUUUGACUCUAGAGGACUAAUUUGGGUCAUAGCAGUAGAGUGGGCUGGCUGUUUUCAGCUGGCACUGGCCUAACUUUAAAGGGCUCGGCGUUUUUGGUGCCUGGCACAGCAGUCUAAGAUCACGAGGUCAAGAGACUGAGACCAUCCUGGCCAACAUGGUGAAACCCUGUCUCUACUAAAAAUACCAAAAAAAAAUUAGCCAGACUUGCUGGUGUGCGCUUGUAGUCCUAGCUACUCGGGAGGCUGAGGCAGGAGAAUCGCUUGAACCUGGGAAGCGGAGGCUGCAGUGAGCUGAGAUCAUGUCACUGCACUCCAGCCUGGUGACAGAGCGAGACUCUGUCUCGGAGAAAAAGAACUCACGCGUCCCCUCUCCUUUUUCUCUUGGAAAUGAGGAUGCAGCGGUAUUUAGCUGGACAGUGGAGGAAACUCACCAGUGGACUAGUGUCCCUGAGUCACACAGUAAACCCACGGGGAAAACCUGGCCAGAAGCCAACAGCAGCUUUCCUGGAAUAUGAGCUGGGCUUUAUAAUAUGUUGGGAUAAUUGGUAGAAUAAGUGCUUCUUCAGAAAUGUCUUGGCUUUUACAUUUACUGCUGGGAUAACUAGUAAUUGAGUUCCAUGAAGACUCACUAACUUCAGAGCAAGUCUAAUAUUUAGAUGGCGAGACACACAUUUCCCUUUGGCUUAUAUUCCUACUAAUUCUAAACCAUCUGCAAGAAGGUUAGGGGGCAAAUUGUGCUUUGUCAAUAGUUUAUAUUUCAAUAUUACUUAGUAAGAAAGGUCUAUCAAUAAAGAAGCACUUAGAAAGUACAUGUAAAAUGAGCAGGCGUUCCACAGAGCCAAAAUAAACCAAGUUAAAGCUUCCACAUAAAUAGGGGUAGCUUUACUGCUGGGAGUCCAUGAUUCGGUUUUGUAGGAGUUCUGUAUAAGACCAAUACUCUAGCAAUGAAAUUCCCAGACGAUGUGGAAAAAAUCUGAAAGCAUCGGCCAAGAUAUACUUCCUGAAACUUUUAGUCAAAAGCUAUAAAAUAGGAUUAUGAUUUCUCUUGAUCUCUAAGAAAAUGGAGGUGAGAAUAAAAGAAAUGAGUAGAUAUGAUUCUUGGUUUCCAUACAAAGCUGUCUCAACAUUUUUACAUCAAAUGUUGUUAUCUAAUUGUUCAGUAAGAGUAGUGCAAGUCACCUGUGAAACGUUUUUUAGGUCCGCUGAUGUUUAAGCUGCUUCCAUGAAUAACAGUAACAGCUAAAAUUGGGCUUUACCUUUCAUUGUAAAACCACCACAGUCCUAUGAAUUAUUCCUAUUUUACCAAUAAAGAAAAUGAGGUCAUUGGAGAUGAAGUAACUUGCCAAGGUCACAGCUUAUAGGUGUUGGCACCAGGAUCCUAACCCAAUCAAUGUGGUUCCAAAGAUCACACUCUCAUGUAGUACCUGUAUGGCCUCCCAGUGCAGUCAGUGUUGACUUCAUGCAGAGCACUGAGCCAGGUUGUGGAGUGAGACAAAGCAGCAAAGGUAAGAACCCAGACCUGCUCAUUUCUGCCUGCCAGCAUCAUUUCACAAAGCCCCUGACCCUGUGACGACAUGCAACUCUCUGGAAAGAUGCCUUGAAGACAAAACAGCAUAGAGCCCAGGGCACCCACACAUUACUUGCCUGAGUCACUACAUUCCUUAAAUGACCCCAGUCCUUGCCUUUUCCUACACAUGAGAUGUCUGAUGGGAUUAGUGAUUAUGCUUCUGUAAUCCAUAACAGAUGUACUCUUAUACCUAAACCUUGAUGAGAUUCUGGUUGAAUGUAACUUUUGAGCAAGUUUGAUGUGAUUUUGCACUGUACUGAACCCUACCACCUGUAUAUAAGCAGUGAGCUGAAAUACUGUGCUGCAACAGUCUGACAGGACUGCUUGCUUAUAUGGUUACUACUUAUAACCAUUCGUCAUGACUACUUUAAGACACUUUAACAUAACUAAAGAUAAUUGAAAGUCUUGUUUUCUCCUUGAAACCUCUGAAUGUAUAUAUUUAGGAUGUACAAUCUGAUGUUUUGAUAUACAUUCUGAAAUUAUCACUAUAAUCAAGCUAAUUAAUGUCUUCAUUACCUCUACGUAAUUACCAUUACGUAUGUAUUGUGUAUGUAUGUGUGAUGAGAAGAUUUAAGAUCUUUCUUAACAAAUUACAAGUAUGUAAUACAGUACUGAACUGUCAUCACCAUGCUGGACAUUGGAUCUCCAGAAAUCGUUCAUCUUGUAUCACUUAAACUUUGUGCCAUUUGACCAGUAUCACUCCAUUUCCCCCUUCCCUCAGCCUCUGGCAACCAUCUUACCCUCUGCUUCUAUGAAUUGGGCUCAAAUUUCACAUACAAGUGAGAUGAUCAUGCAGUAUUUCUCUUUCUGUGUCUUGCCUGUUUUAAUUUUGCUCAGCACGAUGUCCUCCAUGUUCUGAAUGGCAGGAUUUCUUCCUUUUAUAAGGCUGAGCAGUAUUUAAUUGUAAUUUUAUAAACCCUAUCUUUAUUCGUCUAUCAAAGGACGUUGAGUAAUGCUGCAAUGAACAUAGGAGUGCAGAUAUCUCUUUGCAAUCUUGAUUUCAAUUCUUUUGGGUAUAUACCCAGAUAUUUCUAUUUUCAAUUUUUUGGGGGACCUCCAUAUUGUUUUCCAUAACUUACAUCCCCCAACAGCAGCAUACAAGUGCUUCCUCUUCUCUUCAUCCUCCCUAGCACUUAUCUUUGACCUUUGAUACUAUUCAUUCUACCAGGUGUGAGGCUGUAUCUCCUGGUUUGAUUAGCAUUUCUGUCAUGACUGGAGAUGUUGAGCACUUAUUCAUAUACCUGUUAGCAAUUUGAAUUUCUUUUGAGAAGUGUCUAUGUAGGUCUUUUCCCCAUUUUUAAAAUGGAAUUAUAUUUUUGUUAUUGAGUUGUAUGAGUUCUUUCUAUAUUUUGGAUUAUUAGCCCCUAGCUGAUUAAUUAUAUGGAAUGUGAAUUACAUCUCUGUAAAGCUGUCAACACCCUAUUCCCUUCCCACUCCCCUCAUAAAAAGAAAUAAAAGAAUGUUCUAUGGAGUCAGAAAGGUCUAGGUUCAAAUUCCAGCAUGGCUGAAGCCCCCCACCUAGCCUGGGCCUCACCUUUAUUCUGUAAAAUGGGAUGGUCUGGAAAGGUUGAUAUAAAGUGCUGAGCGUGGGUCCUGGUAAAUGUUUUUUCUCAAUAAAUAGAAACAUUGUUUUAUGUUAACGUUUUUGAAAAAGGAAAAGCAACAAAAAUUAAGAAAAAAACAGAUAGGUGUGCCCUUUUGGACCCAGUUAUUUACCUAUAUUUACAGCACAAGGGCUUUUUCUGCUGGAUUGAAUUAGAAUCUUUGUAUUUUAAAUAUUCCAAAAGGAAACAAGCAAGACCCUUGAUGGAUGGUCUACAAAUAAUAUGACUAACAUCUGAAUAAGUCAAUCCAAGAUUCAUGCUUCUAAACCAAUCUGCCACCAAGUAGGAGUCGACUCAGUCCAACAAAAAAUACAGAGCCGACUUCUAUGUUGUUUUCAUAGUUAUGAAGGUAGCCUUUAGCUCAGUGAGUAGAGGCGGCUCUUUGUUUCUGCCUGUCAGUCCCAUAGUGAUACCACCGCCAGUUGUUUAAUUACAACUCCCCUCAUGCCUAUACCAAGAACUCCCAGAUAAUCUUAUCAAUGGAACUGAAUCUUCAGUCAAUACCACUCUUCAGUAGGCUGCAUCUGAGACAAAUUUUUCCAAAUGAAGAACAAAUAAAAGUGAUAACUGUACUUUUAUUCUUUUUGGGUACAUCAUGAUGGAAUGAAAAAGAUCUGGGCUGUAAUUCAGAACACCUGAAUUGUGUUGCCAUCUCUAUUCAUCUAAAGUGGGGCCCUAAAAUAUUUCACUGAACCCCUCUUGGACUUCAUUCAUUCAUAUGUUCACUGGUAAUGUAUCUACCUUGCUGACUUGUCUUGAGAGAACUGAAGAUCAAAUGAAAUGUAGUGUGAGAAAAUACUUUGUAAACUGUAAUGCUUCGUACAAGUGAGUUGUUAUACUUUCUCUAAUCUCAGGUACAACCUGUUCAUCUUUAGACUGUGAGAGAGGGAGUCUGAAGGCAGAUAGAUAGUUACAUCAGUAAACUAUAUGAGAAGCUACUGAGCUAGAACGUUUCUUUUUAUAUUUUUUCUGUUAUGUUCCAUGACCUGAUUUAGGAUAAACACCUGACUCUCAACAUCACUUUUUAAAAGGCACUUGCACUGGGCAUGGUGGCUCAUGCCUAUAAUCCCAGCACUUUGGGAGGCCGAAGGGGGUAGAUCACUUGAGCCCAGGAGUUCAAGACCAGCCUGGGCAACAUGGUGAAACCACCGUCUCUACAAAGAAAAAAAAAAAAAAAAGUAAAAAUUAACUGAGCAUGGUGGCACACACCUGCAGUUCCAGCUACUGGCACUCCAGCCUGGGUGACACUGAGACCCUGUCUUGCGGGGUGGGGGGGCGGGGGGUGGAUGUUAAAAGGCAAUACUAUAUAUGAAACUGUGUGUGCAUGUGUGUGAAUGUGUGUGUUACUGCUAUGGGCUGAAUUGUGUCCCCUAAAAAAGAAUGGUUGAAGUCCUACCCCCCAGUACCUCAGAAUGUGACCUUAUUUGGAGAUAGUUUUUACAGAGACAAUCAUGUUAAAAUGAAGUCAUUAUGGUGGGCACUAAUCCAGUAUGACUGAUGUCCUUAUAAAGGGAAAUUUGGACAUAAACGCACACAGGGAGAAGGAGCACCAUGUGAACAUGAAGACAGAGCUCAGGGUGAUGCAUCCACAAUUCGGGAAUACAAGAUUGCUGGCAGACCCCACGAAGCUAUGGAUCAGGCAUGGAGCAGUGUCCCUUGCGGCCUUCAGAAGGAACCAACCCUGCCAACAUCUUAAUCUCAGACUUCUGGGCUCCACAGCUGUGAGACAAUAAAUUUCUGUUGUUUAAGCCACCAAGUUUGUGGCUGUGUUACAGCAGCCCUAGCUAAUUUUUUAAAGGAUUAUGUUUGCUUCAAAAGUGGAAACUGAAGUGAUUUCAGAUACUCUGGUCCUAGCUUAUAGUUUCAGAGUUAUUUCAUAAGCUCACCUAACAUUCAGUGAAAAUGUGUUUUCUGUUCUUUUCCAUCCAUAACUUAUCUAAAAGCCCCACUCAACUUUCAUUAUGAUAUUCUUAAUCCACUGCAGCUGAUUGUCAUCUCUCCGUCCUUGGGAUCCCUAAUGGCAGUUUGUUCCUCCCUUACUGUUACCUUAAUCUUAUA